UUGAAUCUAAUAAUUUGCUAUCUCUGGAAUUCACAUUCUCUUCCUUUUCCAAGGUUUGCUGUUUUUGUUAUUUUUUAUUUUGUUCUAUUGAUUGUGGUAGGCUGUUUCUUUGCCCAGGAUCAGCCUGAGGCAUAAACUUAAGGUCUUCUUAGGUCUUUCCUAAGCCUUUCUAUGGUCACUCUUUAAUUUGCAUAUGUGGUUGUAUAUGUGGUUGUUUUUGAAUGUCCUAGUAUGACUUCCAUAAUGUCUGACUUCCAAAAAGGGAAAAAAAGAGAAUUGAAAGGGGUAAUGGGUGCUGGCCCUUUAAAUCUACUGAAAGUCACUUUGACUAUAGAGCUAGGGGGUUGCAACAACGUGGGGAAGUGCAACAACAUUGACCACCCACCUUUUUGUCUGUACCUCUGUGACCAGAAGCAGGAAUCAGCAAUCAGAGCACAGAUCCUGAUAUUUGGAGGAGAGGGUUCUUUUUUGCCCACCCUGGUUCAGCAAACUAAGUGCAAGCUCCUCCAGGAACAUGGGCACUGCUGUCUGCCACAGGCCUCCAAGAAUGAAUAUCCUCCGCCUACUCCUGGCCACACUGCUGGUCUCCCUGUGCUUCCUCACUGCCUACAGCCACCUGGCACCUGAGGAAAAGCCCAGGGAUGACAGGAGCCUAAGGAGCAACUCCUCCGUGAACCUGUUGGAUUUCCCCUCUGUCUCUAUUGUAGUGCUGAACAAGAAACCCAAAAAGAUCAGCAGAAAAGAGGCGGAAAAGAAAAGAUCUUCCAAGAAAGAGGCUUCCAUGAAGAACGUGGCUCGGCCCCGGCCCCCGCCGCCCAGCCCCUGCGUGGCCACUCGUGACAGCUGCAAGUCGCCGGCGCCGGCCUGCUGCGACCCCUGCGCCUCCUGCCAGUGCCGCUUCUUCCGCAGCGUCUGCUCCUGCCGCGUGCUCAGCCGCCUCUGCUGAGCGCGCCCAGCCGCCUCCCGAGGGCGGGUGAUUUCUAAUAGGUGUGGCUUCCCCGGUACCCUGGCGCGCGCGUAGUUACUUGGUUGGGGCGGAGCUUUCAGGAGGCGGGACUUCCAAGAAGACUUGGCUUUGGCAGGGCUAAAACCCAAGCAUAUGGAGGCUACUCCAAGGUGUGUGGCUGUUUCUUUAAAGGACCCCAAAGAGCCUUUCCCUUCCUCCUGGCCCCUUCACAGCCGAAAACCCGUGGACUGCGCAUGCUCUGUCGCCUGGGCCUGGGAAACCCGCUUUCCCCGGCCCUAGGAUUGCAUUCUCCUUAAGCGCUUCUCUGCUGGAGCCGGAUGUUCCUCCCUACCUUUAAAACUGGGAACACACAAGGGGCGCCUGGGUGGCUCAGUUGGUUGGGCGACUGCCUUCGGCUCAGGUCAUGAUCCUGGAGUCCCUGGAUCGAGUCCCGCAUCGGGCUCCCUGCUCAGCAGGGAGUCUGCUUCUCCCUCUGACCCUCCCCGCUCUCAUGCUCUCUCUCUCAUUCUCUCUCUCUAAUAAAUAAAUAAAUAAAAUCUUAAAAAAUAAAUAAAAAAAAUAAAACUGGGAACACACGAAGCUGCCUGUCAGGAGCUCGCUAUGAAGGCUCGCACAUGAGCUGUGUCUUUCCACAAUGUCAGCUUUUUCAGUCAUAGAGCAAGGUUAACAAUUAUAAAGCAGGUUUGGUAUUCUAAACGCAGUAACAUUUCACCACGUGUUUAACUUGGCUUCUUAAAGGUCACGCAAAGCAGAAGCCACACAACAAACAAUAUAGAACAGAGGACAGGAAGUUAACAAGCCAAAGGUGUAAAUCUGUGAGCCAGCAGUUGAGAUAAGGCCUCACUCCGGUCUGGGUCAGCUCUUGGCACUUACUGCUUAUUAUGUUCAAGCAUAACAUAACAAGAAGGAUCUCUGUUCUUUUUGGACAUCAGGCAGCCUUCAGCAGCAGCUGCCUUUUUGAAGUGACCAGACAUAGGUCAGUGUCUGAGGAAUCUGACAGUUUGCUGCAAAUAUCCUCUUUUUUAAAGGGUUUAAUCAGUCUUGAGCCUUUGCAGACCUCCUCUGUUUCCCAUUGGUUAUCACUUCUGAAUGUGUCAAGAGCUGGUGCUGGUCUCAGUGAUAUCUGGUCUUAGCUGCAAUGCCCUUAGCUGCUUGCAUCACUGCUUGACACGGGCCCCUGCUUGACAUGAGUGAUUCCAUCUUGCUCUCUACAUUCUACCCCAUGAUUCCUUAUGACAAAUCUUUAAGGGUCAUACAGGAAUCAAAUACGUCUUAAACUAGGGUCAGCAGUACUAGUUUGCUAACGUGGAAGAAGGUAAAUCCAAAUCAUUCAAUUGUGUUUUCAAUGAGAAUCAAAUGAAAUCAAAUAAAUCUCAAAUCAUAUGAAAUGUCAAUUGACAGAAAACAAAGAUCACAUCAAAUCCAAACAAGUUAGAUACAUUAAACUGAGUCAAAUAAAGUAAAAUUAAGUAAGGAUUAAAUUUUAAAACUCCAACUCAAAGUCACAUCUAAUAAGAAUUAAGUCAAAAAGAAGAAAAACUAGAUCUAAACUUUAUUAAGGUAAGUUAACAAAUCAACAAAGCAGUCAAAUAAAUGAAAUAAGAAUCACAUUGCCAACUAUAGGCAGAUAAAAGUACAGAAAUACAUAUGGAAUCUUCAACAUAGGCUCUCGGCACAUCUAGAAAGGAACGGUGAGGGUAUGGUUAAUCAGUCUUGUAACUUUUCCUACUUAAGCUUGAGGGAGCACAACAUUUUAAUAGCAUGUUUAAUAAGAACUAUAACAAAAAUAAUAGCUAAAAACAACAGAAGGAUUUCCCUAUUGGAUUCUGAAACGUGUAGAGAGAGAAUUCCUUUAAAUAUUUUAAAGGGUUAUCGUCAGACCAUGAGCCAGAACAAAUCAUGUGUUUGAAGGGUCUUGUUAACAACUCUAGAAAGGAACAUUUAUUGCAUAAGUUUUGUAUAUUUUUGUUCAAUGCAGCUAAGUUGGUGUUAAUGACGGCUGAGGCUGCUUGAAUGGCCUUUGUAUCAUGUUCAAAGUGGGUUAGCUUGUUGGUCAAGGUUUUAUGGGCUGCUUUGAGCCCUUCUAAGUUUUCAUCUAAAAGUUUAUCAAUUUUGUUAAUUUUCACCCAAGGUAUUUCUAUUAGUAUAAAAUGUUGAAAAAUUUUUAUAUGAAUAUUCUGAGACAAAGGUACCCAUUUUGGUAACAUUACUAAAUGUUACACUAAUAGCAUACAAUAUUUUAACACACUCAUUGUCUACGGUUAUGAUAGUAUCAUUCAUUCUGCUAUGAUUAAAGAACAUGACCUCUGAAGGGCACCUGGGUAGCUCAGUCAGUUGGGCAGCUGACUCUUGAUUUCAGCUCAGGUCAUGAUCUCAGGGUCCUGGGAUAGAGCCCCAGUCGGCCUACACACUCAGCGGGGUAUCUGCUUGAGGAUUCUCUCUUCCUCUCCCUCUGCCCCUCUCCCUGCUCACAUGCUCUCUCUCUCUC